AUGAAACAGCUAGAGGAGCAAUGGAAAAGUUUCCACGAUCAAAUGGAAAAUGAAAGAAAACAAUGGCUAGAGAAAAAGGACGCAGAAUGGGAAAAAUGGAAAAAAUAUACAGAAAUAAAAUACAUGAGUUAUUGCGUAGAUAUUAAUAAUGAAUUCGAAUCUAACACCCUAAAAGAUUCUUCAACAUGGAAUCGAAAUCAGUGGGAAGACUGGAUUACAACAGUAGGGAAAGAAAUGAUCAAAAGUGAAUAUGAAAAGUGGAUUUACGAAAACGAAAAUUAUUUAGAUGAAUGGAAAGUGAGAGAAUGGGUUGAAUGGAAACAAAAAAAUAUAUCAUCGUGGUUAUCGUCUGAAUGGAAAUGUAAAGAGGAUGAUUCCUGGUCAAAAUGGGAACAAACUGUCUGGGGCAAAUGGCUAUUUACAGAAAAUAGAGAAAAGUGGACAGCGUGGAAAGAAAGAACUCUUAGAGAAAGGGCUGAGUGGCUUAAGUGGGUCCAGUUAAAAGAAUAUGUGUAUAUAAAUGAUGAGUGGAUUCCUUGGACAAAAUGGAAAAACGAAAACCGCCUUGCCUUCAUAGAUUGGAUUGGAUCCUUUAUGAACGAAUGGAUAAAUAACAAACAGUGGAAUGAGUGGAUCCACGAAAGGAAAAAAAUGGUUGCCACCAAAAAAAUCGCCCCACUGAAUGCAGAAAAUGCAGCAAAUGCAGCAUCAUCUGUGGGUGUUCGCGUCAAUGACACACUCCAAAGCGAUGCCCCCCAAUCUGCAUGUGCGCAAGAUGAAGCAGAAUAA